ACGGUAGUUUUGCGUCAUCCAAUCAGAUGCGGCUUUGUUCAGAACAGCUUCAUUUGAAUUCUCCUGCAUAGCACGUAAGCGAGAGUAAGUUGGAGAGAAUUGAACGACAUGCUGUUUAUUUGAUCCUCCUGCACCACGUGUAGGAAGCCAGUGCUGCUGCAGUGUUUUGAAUUGAGCUGUGAUCACUGCAGUAAUCCUGCUCAGGCUUACACUCAGAUCUACAUUGACAACAGAAGGUCGUAGUGAUCAUGUCUUUGCUUGAAGACCUCGUCCAUGUGAUGAGAUGUGUCCUGGAGUAUUUUGGUGUUCCCCAAGACAUGCUGGUUCCAGUUUGGGAGAGCACUUUGUGUGGACAAUAUCGCAGCGUUGUCCGCAUGAUCGGAUCGAAUCUCCCUCUGACACCUUAUCCUCGGCUCCAUUUCCAGGUUCCUUUUUUACAGACGAUCAGGAGACAGGGUCAUGUCGAGGUGUCGGUGGAUGCGCUCGCCAUCCCGUCGCUAGCGGAUGUGUUAUGGGUGGCCGAUGACGAAGGAGACAGCUGCACCAAGUUCAGGAAUUCCGUCCUGCCGAGGAAGCAUGGACGGCCGCACGGCUUUGAAUCUACCGCAGCUGUGUGUGUACGGCCUGUUCCCGCAGCCCUGCGUGAGCAGAAAUUACACACCGCACAAGCAUCAAGCACACAACCAGAGGCCCUCGAGAAGAUCCAAGCACUGGAGGUUGAGUUACAGAAAUUACGAGCUCAGAUUGCGUUGAUCGUCACCACUCCAACAGCAGACGGUCCCCUCCCGUGCAAUCCCGCCACUCCAUGUACACCUUUUCCUGCUCCUCUUCUUACCUCGACUCCUUUCACAGCUCCUCCUCCUCCUCCUCCUCCUCCUCUUCCUCCUUCCCCUGGGAUUGGCUUGGCGAAGAUCUCUGUGACGGACGUGAUUCGACAGAGGCAGGCAGCCAGGAUGGGUAAAUCUGGAGUGUACGAGUCCUCACCACCUGCAGUUCCUUCCAUGCUCGAUGUCCUGAAGGAUAUGAACAAGGUUAAACUUCGCAAUGUGGAGAGGUCUCCAGGAGGGACACCUGCACGGAAAAGGAGUAAAGGGAGCUCGUGUGCGUCGGACCCCGCUUCUCUUAUUGCCGAAGCGUUGAAGAGGAAGUUUGCACACAGGCGGCGAGACAGCUCGUCUGACAAGGAGAACCACUCGGCCGAGCCUUCGCCGUUCAGCAGCCCCGACACGCCCCGUGUUCCACUCUUCACGAGACGCAGUCAGGGGCGAAACCAUUCGUCACCUUUAACACGUGGGUCAGACGGGAAACGGUGUGAUGGAAAAUAGUCUGCCGGAGGACCUUUUGAAGAUUUUUUUUCUUUCUUUUUUUUUUUCUCGCUCUUACUUUCUUUCAGCCCCCGCAGUCUUACGGUACUUCUUCGGUACUUUCUUCCUUAAAAGGACAAAAGAGCUGCAUUUUUAUUCAUCACUUUUGGCUGUGGAUCGUUUUGUUUUUAUACAGUUGUGCAGUUCUUACACUGGUGUUUGUGUCAACUGUGAAUAUAAGAGGCGAAUGGUGACAGUUCGGAGUUUAGGUCAAGGCUAUACCUCGUGGACCUCUCGUAUGCAAUGCAUCGAAAUGUGUUUUUACUGUUUUUUAUUUUUUAUAUUUGUGUAUUUGCACUGCUUGGCCUAUUUCUUUCUUUUUUUCUUUUUUUUUAAAUUUUAUUUCUUUCAGAAAAGCAAUAACUGAAAUGCUCCAUGUGAAGCACUGGCUUAGUUCAUGUUGAAUGAUUUCACAAACAUUUUUGAAAGUGUGUGUGUGUGUGUGUGUGUGUGUGUGUGUGUGUGUGCAUGUAUAUGGACAUGUGUGCAGAAAUGUUUUUUAUAGAGACAAAAUACAGGAAAGCGUAUCUCUUCAUCCAUUCCAUCAUAUUAAUCUGAGUUAUGAUGAACCUUUCACCCAUUUCAUACCAUGUAGCUUUCAGCCAUGACCUCAUUUUCAAACUGAACACAAAUAAAGAAGUUCUCGCA